CGUAUCCGGAAGUACCCUGGCGGUAUCUAUCCCUGUAAUUACGUACUGUGACCACUAGCCGUAUCUGAAAACAGCGACCACACCCGAGCAGCUUUCUCGCUCUUCUUCCCUUUUGCUUCCAACCUCACCUCUUCAACUCUCUCCAUCCACCCUCCACUCUUCACGCAUCUCACCAUGUUCAAGAGCGGCAUUUCCCGGACCCUCGGAAGGUCUGCAUUUGCACGACCUACCUCCUCCGUCCUCUCUUCCGUCCGCCCAACCUUCAAGAACAAUGCUCUCCAAGCUCUCACAGCCCGAUAUGCCAGUACGGAUGCUGCCAACAUUGGCAAGAUCCAUCAGGUCAUCGGUGCCGUCGUCGACGUGAAAUUCGAUACCGAGACCCUUCCCUCCAUUCUCAACGGUUUGGUGACUGACAACGGCGGCCAGAAGCUGGUCCUCGAGGUCGCUCAACAUUUGGGUGAGAGAGUCGUGCGAACAAUUGCUAUGGACGGUACCGAAGGUCUCGUUCGUGGUGCCAAGGUCACUGACACCGGCCUUCCCAUCCAAAUUCCUGUCGGCCCUGGUACCCUCGGACGUAUCAUGAACGUCACUGGUGACCCAAUUGACGAGCGCGGCCCAAUCAAGGGUGUCAAGAUGGCCCCCAUCCACGCUGAAGCCCCCGAGUUCGUUGAGCAGUCCACCUCUGCUGAGGUUCUCGUCACUGGUAUCAAGGUCGUCGAUCUUCUUGCCCCAUAUGCCCGUGGUGGUAAGAUUGGUCUCUUCGGUGGUGCCGGUGUCGGUAAGACUGUCUUCAUCCAGGAGUUGAUUAACAACAUUGCCAAGGCUCACGGUGGUUACUCUGUUUUCACUGGUGUCGGAGAGCGUACCCGUGAAGGAAACGAUCUCUACCAUGAAAUGCAGGAGACCCGUGUCAUUCAGCUUGAUGGCGAGUCCAAGGUCGCCCUGGUCUUCGGUCAGAUGAACGAGCCCCCAGGUGCCCGUGCCCGUGUUGCUCUUACUGGUUUGACCAUUGCUGAGUACUUCCGUGAUGAGGAGGGUCAAGACGUGCUUCUCUUCAUCGACAACAUUUUCCGUUUCACUCAGGCUGGUUCCGAAGUGUCUGCCCUGCUUGGUCGUAUCCCAUCUGCCGUCGGUUACCAACCCACUCUUGCCGUCGACAUGGGUGGUAUGCAGGAACGUAUUACCACCACCAAGAAGGGAUCCAUUACCUCCGUCCAGGCCGUCUACGUCCCUGCUGACGAUUUGACUGAUCCUGCUCCUGCCACCACCUUCGCCCAUUUGGACGCCACCACUGUCUUGUCCCGUGGUAUUUCUGAGUUGGGUAUCUACCCAGCUGUCGACCCUCUUGACUCCAAAUCCCGUAUGCUUGACCCCCGUAUCGUCGGUGAGGACCACUACAACACCGCCACCCGUGUCCAGCAGAUGUUGCAGGAGUACAAGUCCCUCCAGGAUAUCAUUGCUAUUCUGGGUAUGGACGAAUUGUCGGAAGCUGACAAGCUCACCGUCGAGCGUGCCCGUAAAAUGCAACGUUUCCUUUCCCAGCCCUUCACCGUUGCCCAGGUCUUCACUGGUAUCGAGGGUGCCCUUGUCGACUUGAAGGACACCAUCCGAAGCUUCAAGGCCAUCAUCAACGGUGAAUGUGAUGAUCUCCCAGAAGGUACGUUUUCCCGUUUCUCUCCCCUUUAUUUCCCCUUCCUAGUAAUUGAACAAAUGCUAAACUCCCGUGCAGCCGCCUUCUACAUGGUUGGAGACAUUGAGUCUGCCCGCGCCAAGGGAGAGAAGAUCCUGGCUGAGCUUGAAAAACAAUAGAUGUGUGAAGAUAUGUAGAUUAAAGAAACCAACUCACCUUGUAUCCCAAGCCUUGAUUCCUGUUCAUUUUAAUUUAGUCCUCCCAGGAAACCUCUUUUUUCAUUUGUCGAAAGAAAUGUAUUUUUUUUUGUAAGUUGAGAGUAUAUGGACGGGGCAUCACUUGAUAUUUCCAUGAUCGAAAGCUGUUUUAUAGAUAUCAUGAAAGGUCAGAACGUCCUUUUGCUUCCAUGUCAAUUGUUAACUGCCGCUGCUCAUACAUGGCCGUUCGUAAGUCAGCACUCGACUUUGAUAUUAAUUCCCCCAGGGAAAAAGGCUUGAAGAUAAUAAAAAGGCUUCCUUUAGGUCGCGCUCCCUGUCGCCACUCCGCCCAACUAUUUACCCGGACGCAGGCGGAUAUCGCCUCAUCGACGGCAACCUCACUAGAGAGGAACUAAUAAUCUCCCACUCUUCACCUUCGAGAGAGAUUCUAGCUGGUCUCCUUUGCAGCAGCUAGUUAGUCAACUAGGGCUGGCGCCUGUCUCAGAAACACUGGUACGAUUGAUCGUCGAAGCCUUCAUCACAGUCUCAACCAAGCCAGCUGGCUUCUCGUCCAGACACACGAGCUGAGAGUAUCGCAGCAGGCAGCACACAGCUAGCAGCAAUCCAGCUGAGCCACCAAGACAGAAUUAAUGGCACUGCUACGAAGAAAUACGACCCUUCUGCCAGAUCAAGAGGUCAACUCGACAAUAGGCUCAACUGGCCAGGCUACCUCGGAACUUCGCUCCAGUUCCUUGUGGAACCGUCAUCCGGGCUGUGCUUCACAUGUUUUGAUGUCAGCGCAGUUGAUGCCGAAAUUGAGCAAAAAGAAUACGAGCCCGUGAGCUC